CUGGGGAGUUUACCGGCGGAGAGACAUGUCUAAAGUUUCAGAUAUGAUAAUGACAAGUCUGGGUUCAGAACCAGAGACGCAGCGCUCUUGAGUUAGCAAGCCCGUUCAUGUAACGAAGCUACACCUGGGGACUUUGAUUACCAGAUAUGAGCAGUUACGGACGUUAUACAUCCAGUCAGCGAUAAAAGGGCUUAGGAUAUGGUUCUCCAGUCACAGGUGCGCUUUCAUAGUCAUAUUUCCCCCGCCUCCCGGCAAAUUCCAGCACUACCCACUUCUGUUCAUCGGCUUACCACUGCUUAUCAGCUUACUUACUUGUGUUUUUUCCACUCUUGAGACACAACCUGAAUCACUGGAUCGUAUUAAUGUCUCUGUGCCAAAUCAUACCGCAAUACUAUGACCAAACACGCUAACUUCUGCAAAACUUCUUCUCUUGUCUAAAUGAGAGCUACCUGCCGUUCCCCCCUUAAGCUUUCAGCGGAAAAAACCCUAAUUGGGCUGCUCCAAGAACGACCAGAUCUGAGAUCUGACGCGCAAUCAGACUUACAGCUUGACUCACAGCCUGACUCACAGCUUGACUCACAGCCAGAUCGAGAGUGAUAGUUAUAGCGCA